GCAUUUCCUGGUCAGGAGGGCAGCCAUAUUUGAUUCGAUUAUCUUGGCUCGGAGUAGUUAGCUAGCCAGUUGCAGUUGUUCUGAAAAUAAAUAUAUUACACAGAUUUUCCACGGCAAAGGAUAGCAAUAUUUUAAAGAAUUGCUGCUUAACGUAACCGUGUUUAGUCAACGAUGAAUCCCGAAUAUGAUUAUUUAUUCAAGCUGCUUCUGAUUGGCGACUCUGGCGUUGGAAAGUCUUGCCUCCUCCUCCGAUUUGCAGAUGACACAUACACAGAGAGCUAUAUUAGCACUAUUGGAGUGGACUUCAAAAUUAGGACCAUAGAGUUAGAUGGGAAGACCAUCAAACUUCAGAUUUGGGACACAGCUGGACAGGAACGGUUCCGGACAAUUACAUCCAGUUACUACAGAGGAGCGCAUGGCAUUAUUGUAGUGUACGAUGUCACAGACCAGGAAUCCUUCAAUAACGUGAAACAGUGGCUCCAGGAGAUUGACCGUUACGCCAGUGAAAACGUGAACAAGCUGUUAGUAGGCAACAAAUGUGACCUGACGACAAAGAAAGUGGUGGACUACACGACGGCCAAGGAAUUUGUUGACAAUUUAGGGAUCCCCUUCUUGGAAGCUAGUGCCAAGAGCGCCACCAACGUGGAGCAGGCCUUCAUGACCAUGGCAGCUGAGAUCAAGAAGAGAAUGGGCCCUGGGGCCACAGCCGGAGGCUCGGAGAAGUCCAACGUCAAGAUCCAGAGCACGCCAGUCAAGACUUCUUCUGGAGGUUGCUGCUGAGGAACCCUCAGCCCCCCAAACGCCAUCCACUCAGACCCAUAUCUACCAUAUCUACCAAUCUCAAAAGUUACCUUGCUCCACAGGGAUAGGGAGAGAGAAAAUGGCGAGAGUGACAGAGAGGGAAGACUGAGUGGCCUUGAUUGUGUGUGCAGUUGCAAUACCUGAAAUAUGUCCCCCACCCCUAACAAGGUCAGCAAUAGGAUGCUAAGCCCAUCCACACCCACAGAAACACACUAACAUAAUGUGGGAUAUUUUUUACAUAUUACCAAAACCUAUACCUAUCCAAAAUAAGAUGUGGCAACUUAUCCAGACAUUUUUAAACAAGGUGAUGAAUGAACCUUGCCCGACUCUUUAGUCCAGGUCUGGUAGUUAAUAAUACAUUUUUCUACGAUGGUUGUGUUCUCCUUAUUUCACUGUGGAUCUCAGCAUGACUUUGGCCUGAUCUCCUCAGAAGCUGAAUUCGGAAGCACUCCCAAUAAAGCGCAUUAUACAUGUCGGCAGAACUGAUUACUUUACCCACAAUGCAUCUCUAAUGCAGUCAUCAUGACUUAGCACAUCUGCUCACUGUAAUCAACCCAAAUUAUUUAGAGGAAAUAUCAUUCAAUGUCACGUGGUACAACUUCAUAAUGUGGCCCCAAAUAAUGUGCCAGUGCCUUUAUGGCAGGAUGUGUGUGUAUGUGUGUGUAUGUAUAUAUAUAUGAUAUGCCCUUGGCACACUGUUGUUGGCAUGUCCUUCCAGCCCUAAAUACCUUUUGUAUGCCCAAGCUCUUAUCUCUUAUUUGGGUUUAUUCUAAUGAAUUUUGUAUGAUACUAGCAUUAGUUAACAUUCCUGUACAGACAGUAAUUGUUCUGCCGACAUGCAUAAUAGCACAUGGAGACGUGCUACAUUCAAAGUGUCAAUGACAUUUUUCCUCCGCCAGUGUCUCAACCAACAGCACAACAAAGUUGCACCAAACGAUGAAAGAAUUCUACCAACUGUAUAUAUUUAUACAUAUAUGUAAGAACUGAUUAGCUAAGCCUGUAGAGAAGCAAGUUAAAUGUAUGACAUCAUGAAAAGUAGCUGAACAUUUUAAUUUCGGCAUGUGAUUUGUGGCUGAGUAUUUCACAUUUUUGUGGCACAAUGUCUAUUAAACAAUGAAGGAGAUCUUUAAUAAA